AUGUUUGGAUACCUUCUCAUAUCCACUAGGAACGAUGUCGUGUUCUUCGGAGGAAACGAGGAGUUCAAUGACUAUUUGCAUAGGCGUCUUCGCCCAGAGAUAUUCUUUUCCUCGAACACUCCGUCGACCUCCAGCGGAGUCUACACGAGUUCCUCCACCGAAUCCCUGUCGUCUGACGAAAGUCCAAGAAGGAAAAUGUUGCGCGAUGCAAGGCCUGACUUGCCGCUCACCAAACAAGAAGUUACACAUCUUUUUCUCCCCAUCAUAUCUACAUACAGAUCCAAGAAAGUUGUACACUCUGAUGAGAUCUUCUCCAUGAUCUCUGACGAAAUCGUUGUGCUCUUCAAACAGCUCAGAUGCAACUAUUUACUGGCUUCCAUUGGAAAGAGCGAAAGGCUACAACAGCAGUUUUUGGAAUAUGUAGAACUCGGACUGCAAGUGAGUGCCGGGCCUCUUCUAGGAUUGCUCGAUACCGACCCAUCCUCGGUGGAGAUGGGGUGGAAUUUUCUGAAGUCCCUUGCUGACAAUGCAUGGCAUAGUGACUGCCAUAAAGUGAAAGUUCACAUCGAUGUUCGCAAAGCUAUAUUCCUAAAGUCCAAGCUUGAUAUCACUCUUCCGUUAUUGAAUGCUAUAUCACUACAUCUUCAAGAUACUCUCGGAAGCAAC